AUUCAAACCAAAGUCUCCCACAAACUGCUGCGACGACGCCGCGGCAUUUCAAAUCCAAACCAAAAUCGAAUCGAAUCGAAUCCUCCCCCAAUUUCGCUCGCUCGCUCGCUCGCUUCCGAUUCUUCGCUCGAAUCUCAUCUCGGGCGCUGCUCGGCUGCUCGAUUCCGAGAGCUAGGGGGGCUCGCGCGGCUCCGGAUCGGAGCUGCCCGGAGCCGUCCCGUCCCGUCCCGUCCCCUCCCCUCGCCGGAGGGAGGCCAGGGUUUGGGGGCGGUGGCGGAGCGCGAGCUGUUCGGGCUCCGGAUCCUAGGGUUUGCGGAUCGAGCUGCGGUCGUCUCCCUGGGUGGGGUUCGGGUUCCGAUGGUGGUGCUGAGGUGGGGGAGGAGGAGGGGGUGAGUGACGAGGCUUGGCCAUGGUGCGGCUUCUCGGGCUGCGGAGCCUGAGCUUCGGGCCGGAGGAGUCGCCGCGGGAGAUCACAGCGGCUGGCGGCGACGCGGCGGCGCACCCCGUGGGGAGCAGCGGCUGGCUCGUCCGCUUCUUCGACUCCGCCUUCUUCUGCGAGUGGAUCGCCGUCAGCUACCUCUACAAGCAUGACCACCAGGGGGUGCGCGACUACCUCUGCAACCGCAUGUACACGCUCCCGCUCCCUGGCCUCGAGGCCUACCUCUUCCAGGUCUGCUACAUGCUCGUGCACAAGCCCAGCCCGUCCCUCGACCGCUUCGUCAUCGACACUUGCUCCAAGUCGCUGCGCAUUGCGCUCAAGGUGCACUGGCUCCUCGCUGCCGAGCUCGAGCUCGAGGACACCGAUGAUGUGGAUGGGAUUGACAGGGUGCAGGAGCAGUGCCAGGUUGCGGCCACGGUGCAGGGAGAGUGGCCACCGCUCGUCCGGCCUGCGCCGCCGUCCCCUAUCGCUAGUCCACGCGGCAAUCCCAUGCUUAGCAGGAUACGCUCUUCGAAGCAGCGCCUUCUGUCCCUUGCCUCAUCACCCUCGCUUGGCUUGAGCCCCCCGGCAGGUGUAAGCAAUGCAGCUGCUGCAGAGGAUGUUGGGGCUAGUGGAGGGAAGCAGCCAGCGACACCGUCAUCAGAGGAUAACAAGCUACUCAAGAGACUAAGCAUUGGACCUAAGGUGCGUGAUGCAGCAUUAUUCUUUAGGCGCUCCGUGGAGAAGGAUGACGAUCAGGACAAGGAAGGGUUCUUUAAAAGGUUGCUUAGAGACAGCAAGGACAGGGAGGAAGAGGAUGGUGACAAGGAAGGAUUUUUCAAGAGGUUGCUUAGCAAGGAGAAGGAGAAGGAGAACGAGGAGGAAGAAGGAGAUAGAGAUGGCUUCUUCCACAGGUUGCUAAAGGACAGCAAGGAUGAGGACGUGGAAUUGACACCAAGCUCAGAGGGUUUAUUGAAGCGACUUUUCCGUGAUAAGGAGGAUAGGCAGGGUGAGGAUGAUGAAAAGGAAGGUUUCUUCCGCAGGAUAUUUAAGGACAAGAAUGAGGAGAGGAGAGAAAGCCUGCAUGGAAGGCAUGGGGAUGAGGAAAGAGUGGGCAAGAGCUUGGAGGAUGAUGAUAAAGAAGGGUUCUUCCGCAAAAUUUUCAGAGAUAAAAAUGAGGAGAGGAAAGAUGGAGGGCAUAGUAAACAGCAAGAUGAUAAGGAAAAGUCUGUUGGGAACAUCGAAGAGGACAAGAGGGAUGGUUUUUUCUGGCAACUUUUCAAGGAGAAAAACGAAGAGAAAAAAGAAGGCACUACACCAAACAAGAAAGAGGACGAUUACAAAGGACAUCGGACCAUGGAUGAUGAUAAUUUCUUCCGUAGGCUUUUCAAGGACAAGAAUGAAGAGAAAAAGGGAGCAUCUCAUGACAGGAAUGAUGAUGAUAAGUGUGAGGAAGGUGACAAGGAAAAUUUCUUCCGCAAAUUAUUUAAAGACAAGCAUGAGAGGAGAAGCGAGGUGAUUGAUAAAAAUGAUGAUGAUGGUAAGGGGACUAGUGGUAUUGAUGAAGAGGAAAAUUCAGAGUUCUUGUCGUUCCGCGGGUUGUUUAGAGUGCACCCUGAAGAUGCUAAGAGUGGGCAUAUUGAAAGUGGUCAGCCUAACAGUAUUUCUGAGGGUAGCCCAGGAUCAGAGAGCUUUUUCAAGCGGCUAUUCCGAGAUAGAGACCGCUCAAUUGAAGAUUCUGAGCUUUUUAGUUCAAAGAUAUUGAAAGAGAAAAACCUUGUUAACAAUGGAAAUAGUGAUAAGCAAAGUGGAAAACCACCUUUACCAAACAACGCGAUAGCAGAGCUUCGAAAAGGCUGUUACUAUGCUUCAUUAGAGCUCGUGCAAUCUUUGUGUGAUACAUCUUAUGGCCUGGUAGACAUAUUUCCUAUGGAAGAUCGGAAGAUUGCCCUUCGAGAGUCGCUUACAGAGAUCAAUUCCCAGAUUGCUUCUACCGAGAAAAAUGGAGGAGUAUGCUUUCCGAUGGGAAAGGGUAUAUAUCGAGUGGUUCAUAUACCUGAAGAUGAGGCUGUGCUUCUUAACUCCAGGGAAAAAGCUCCUUAUCUUAUAUGUGUUGAAGUUUUGAAAGCUGAAGCACCAAGUCAGUCCAAAGGGUCAGAUGUUAACAAACUGUCAAAAGGUGGGAUACCCUUGGCUAAUGGAGAUGUGCAAUUGCCAAAGCCACCUCCAUGGGCAUAUCCUUUGUGGAGUCGGCAUGAAACACAAAAUUAUGAAACAGACAGAAUGCUGAAGUCUACCUCUCAGGUUAUUGACCAAGCUAUGGCUCAAUUGUGGGAGGCCAAAGUAAAAUUUGUAAAUGUUAAUUUCUCAGUUGAGAAACUUGGUCGUUCAAGGAGUAUUGCAAUUUCUGAUUCGGGACGUAGGUCACGACAAUCUACAGCAGAUUCACAUGAUCCUUCGGGAGAUUCUGAACCAAUGGCUGAUCAGCCUAUGGAGUGGGUAAAGGUUACUUUAUCUGCGGUUCCAGGAGUUAACAUGGAUGAUGUUGAUGACAAUGAACCAAUCCGGAAGAAGGACCAUCGUCGUGUUCCAAGUACAAUCGCCAUAGAGGAAGUCAAGGCUGCAGCAUUAAAAGGAGCAGCUCCACCUGGUCUUCCACUGAAAGGAGUUGGUCAGAGUGCUCAAAAUAUAGAUUCUAAGGCAAUUGAUGGUGGAGAUCCUAAACCAACUGAUGCUUUGGCUGGCGAACUCUGGGCUGUUAAAAGAGAGAGAAUACGGAGGUUUUCCGUUCAUGGAAAAUUACCUGGCUGGGAUCUGCGUUCUGUUAUUGUCAAGAGUGGAGAUGAUUGCCGACAGGAACACUUAGCUGUACAGCUUGUUGCACACUUUUAUGAUAUAUAUCAAGAAGCUGGUCUACCACUUUGGCUGCGACCUUAUGAAGUUAUCGUCACAUCUGCAUAUACAGCGCUAAUUGAGACUAUUCCUGAUACGGCGUCAAUUCAUUCCAUCAAGAGUCGGUUCCCCAAUAUUGCAAGUCUCCGUGACUACUAUGUAGCCAAGUACGAAGAAAAUUCUCCGAACUUCAAACUUGCCCAGAGAAACUUUGUGGAAAGCAUGGCUGGAUAUUCAAUCCUGUGCUACCUGCUCCAGGUCAAGGAUCGUCACAAUGGAAAUCUCUUAAUAGAUGAAGAAGGGCAUAUAAUUCAUAUUGAUUUUGGCUUUAUGCUUUCCAACUCUCCUGGAGGGGUUAAUUUUGAAAGUGCACCAUUUAAACUGACAAGGGAACUUCUUGAAGUGAUGGAUUCUGAUGCAGAGGGAACCCCCAGUGAGUUCUUUGACUACUUCAAGGUUCUAUGCAUUCAAGGCUUCCUUACUUGCCGGAAGCAUGCAGAGCGUAUUAUACUGCUAGUAGAAAUGUUGCAGGAUUCUGGCUUCCCGUGCUUUAAAGGUGGUCCUCGCACUAUUCAGAAUUUGAGGAAGAGGUUCCACUUGAGUCUUACUGAAGAGCAAUGUGUGUCUCUGGUGCUUUCACUGAUCAGUAGCAGCAUGGAUGCCUGGCGUACUCGGCAGUAUGAUUACUACCAGAGAGUAUUGAAUGGGAUUUUAUGAUAUAGCCCUCAGGAGCACCUGGCUCCUUUGAAAAAUCAGUUUGCUUAUAUCGUUGUGAAAAUCUUCAGACAGCACAGGUCAGUCUGGGGCUGACUAGCCAGGUACAGUCGAUAUGAGUUCUAUGAGUGAAACACGCUUUUGUGUUUUACAUUUCGUAUACCUGGAGUCCCUUGUGAAGCACAGAGGCUAUUGGCGCCUGCAUUGCAACUUGCAUACCAUAUGUCUCCCAUUGAGUGGUUGAGAAUUGUAUAGUAAUCGGCAGUGAUCUAGUUGAGGCCAUACUAGGAGGUUUGCUACUGGUGAAGCUUCCCAGUUCACUUUUAUUGGAAUUCGGUACCCCGAGCUGCAUUUGCUGUACAGACAAUUGAUUGACGUAGCUUGGACUGGAUCUAGGAGAGGAUGGAGCCAUACAUGAUGCAAAGUAACUGUAAAUUAUAGAUGUAUCCGUCUAUGUGAGUUGGGAGUCACCCGAGACAGCAGAAGGGCUAUGUUUGCGCGAUUGUUGUCUUGGUAUUUAUGUGAUAUCCCAAAUAGCAUCAAAAGUAGAUGUGCCAUGUUUGUAAAUUACCAUUACCUGUACAGUGCCCAUACUAUAGGAGCUUCUUGUCCUGCUGCAUUUGGCCCUUUCGAUUUUGUUUAGCAGUACUACU